CGUAAACGUUUGUGGUAACCGGGAGUUUAAAACUUUAAAUAAACGCACGAUAAUAUCGAUGUUAUUGUCAUUCAGCAGCUGGAUAAAAAAAAUGUUUUAAUUGAACCAGGAUUUAAAGAAAACUUUAUUUUACAUGUAAUUGGCUAAUUACAAGUUGUUGGUUUUUAUGUACGGCGGUUAAACAAGAUUAUGGGAUUCUUUAUUAUUUCACAUCACAUUAAAGCGCAUACAGUGUUUAACGCCAUUUAUCUGUACUCUUUUAGUCCAGAGCGUGACGUGAACGUGAACGCAUCAACGAGAAGUGAAAGUGGGCGGAUGUGAACGUCUGCCCUGAUCUGACCUGUGUUGUGUGUUGCGUUCACGUGCACUGCUAAACCUGUAGCGUUGAAGCUAUUCUAUGGAUUUUAUAUAAUUGAUUUUUUUCUUGAUGCGUUAUAUGUCAAAUGCCAUAUCCAGAAUUGAUGACUUGGGGUUACGUGGCGACAUAUCACAACGAUGUUAUUGUGCAGUUAUGCGCCUUUAGGGUAGUUGAUUUCCCAUAAUCCAUCACGAACGGCUAGGUCCAUGACGUUGUUGGGAGUGGAUAGGAAGAAUGUGUUAAACAUUCAAAACCACGGUGGAUAAGACAUAUUUUUCGCCACAGGCUGUUGGACCAACAGUUGUGAGUGCGUGUCUCCUUCCUCAGAAAGGAGCGCCCCCCUCGGGACCAUGAGUGACAAUGGCUCCCGUUCGGAGGCGCCGGUGUACUUUGCGGUAGAGGUUCAUUCGCUGGAGCGGGACGAUGAAGAAGAGGACAAGCUCCACUUUGUCAAAGACGAGGACUUGAUCGCCGAGCCGUCGUCGCCGCCUGGGCGUGUGUACGACCGCACCACGGUACUCAUUGAGCGUGAUCCGAUCCAGCUGGAUGAGGAGGGUGAAGAGGAGAACCACUGUGGAGGCGACGAUGACGGAAACACCUUCCUCACAGAGGGAGAAGGCGAUGGAGAUGAAGAGGACGGCUCUCUUGCCUUCAUCACCGACUCUGACGGCAUGUCCCAGGGUUACGUGCACCACACGAUUUCCGCGGACCAGAUUCAGUUCACCAUCAAUCCAGGAUCUACCCCGAUGCCCCGCAACAUCGAGGGAGCCACACUCACCCUGCACUCUGAGUGUCCAGAGACCAAACAUAGAGAGGUGAAGCGAUACCAGUGCACGUUCGAGGGCUGCAAGAGGACAUACAGCACGGCGGGGAACCUGCGGACGCACCAGAAGACACACCGGGGGGAGUACACGUUUGUCUGCAACCAACAGGGCUGCGGAAAAGCCUUCCUCACGUCGUACAGCCUGAAGAUUCACGUUCGCGUUCACACCAAGGAGAAGCCGUUUGAGUGUGACGUGCAGGGCUGUGAGAAGGCCUUCAACACGCUCUACAGACUAAAAGCACACCAGAGACUCCACACAGGAAAGACGUUCAACUGUGAGUCUGAGGGAUGCACAAAGUACUUUACCACACUCAGCGACCUGAGGAAACACAUUCGCACACACACGGGGGAGAAGCCAUUCAGGUGUGACCACGACGGCUGUGGGAAGGCUUUUGCGGCGAGUCAUCACCUUAAAACGCACGUCCGAACUCACACAGGAGAGAAGCCCUUCAACUGCCCCAGCGACGGCUGUGAGAAGACGUUCAGCAGCCAGUACAGUCUGAAGAGUCACAUCCGGGGCCACGACAAAGGACAGUCGUUCACCGUCGCCCUGUCUGAUGACGCAAAUCACUCCCUGUGCCUCAGUGACCUGAGCCUCAUCUCCACAGAGUCGGAAUUUCGUGAGAACUUUCAAAACGCUCAGAAUCUGGACCUCAGUAACGUCACCCCUGUGAAGAUCUUCGAGCUGAUGUUCCAGAGUCCUGAAAACAGCGUGAGCCAAGACGACGGCCAUCAGAAUGACAGCCUUGCUGAACCCUUCAACCUGGAGACGACCGAAGCCUCGUCUCCCAUCUCCUUUACCGUGGAUCUCACCUCCUCAUCCUCCUGUUGCCACACAGCUGCUGGAAUGGUGGCGUCGUCCCACCUCUGCGUCCACUCUUCCUCUUCGACCUCCGCCUCGGCGAGUGUCACCACUGCUGUCAGCUCCGCUCAGCCUUUCCUGCAGGUCACCAACGUGCCUCUUCCAGCCUCGGUCCAAACGGCCAACCCUCUGCCCUCCCAGCAUUACAUGGCACUUCCGGCCACAUUCCUACAGCCUGAUGGUGUGGCCCCGCCCACCGGUCUGCCACCCCCACCGCCGCCGCCCAUCUCGGCGCCUCAGUCUCCUCCAGCGGCCUCGGCGCUGACCACCACCGCACCAGGCUCUUCUGCUGCUGCUUCAUCUGUUGUUACCCUUCGGUGGAUCCGGAGCGGCGCUGCCAGCAGCCAGCAGAACCAGGAGCAGUCGUCACAACGAGGCGCUCCAAAGGUGGAGAAGGUCUUCUUUACUACAGCCAUACCAGUGGGUGGAAGUACUGGAAACUCGGUGCAGCAGAUCGGCCUCAGUCUGCCCGUCAUCAUCAUCAAACAGGAGGAGUCCUGUCAGUGCCAGUGUGCCUGCAGGGACUCUGCCAGAGACAAGAGCGCCCCCUCCAUCGUUCUGACCCCGGCACAGCAGCCGGCCCCCGAGCCCCCUCCUCCUCCUCUGUCAGAGCCCCCGGACCUCCCCCAGCCUCCUCCCUCCUCCUCCUCUUCUUCCUCGUGCUGUGUCCCAGAGUCUUCCUCCAACGUGGGUGAGGCGAGCCUAAACACAGUUUCCUUCCUCCCGCCCUCCACUCAGACUCUCUCCAAAAUGGCGAGCACGGCCGCCCCCGCCGACGCCAACGGCUCGUCCAUCAUGGACGUCUCAGGCUUCCUGUCCCUGCAGAGCCCGGAGACGGCCGCCAACAUUGAGGCUCUGCUGCUGGUCACGGACGAUUUCAACAUGGCCACCGAUGGCAACAUUUAGAAGAGCGCCACCUUCUGAGUUUGUUUGUUUGCACCCACCCACUUACAUUUCAAACCUCUGUCCUGAACUCAUACCUGCAGUGUAUUUUGUUUUGUGAGGCAUUUUAUUUUUAUUUUUUUGCAACAUGAACAAACAUGUUUUUUGUUUUUUUUUCUCAUUGCAGUAGAUGUUUUUUUUUUGUUUUUUUUUUUGUCAAUUUGCAAAGUUGAAUGCAGGGAAAAGGCAAUAGAUGGUUUGGUUAAACAGCAAUCUGACCCUGAGUGUUGUCCAAGCACUGAUGUCGUAGAGUUCCAGUUCCCCGACCCAUCGGUCCCAGACCUGAGCGGGGGGGGAAAGGGGGGAGUGACGUGUCUGUAAAUCCUUGUACUGUAGCCCAGGUCCGUACCAACGCUUCACGGCCGUAACUCAAGCCGCCCGUUAUGCACUGUAUAGAAUUAGAAAUGAGUUUGAAGUGGUUCAGAAACGCUGCCAGCUAAAAAAAAAAAAAAUGAAGGCGUCGGCAACACACACAGCCCUCCCACCCUCACCCCCACCCUCGUAAAAAAACAUGAAGUGUGUGGGGUUUUUUUUUUCUGUCCUCAGUUUGUGUUUGUGGUCAGACCAGAAAAUGUGAUGAUUUACUUUCCCUCUUCGUUUCACCUUUAUCUUUAUCUAAUUAAUGGGACGUCUCCUCUCAGUGAUCUCAGUGAGUUAGCUCUAACUUAAACUAAUUUAAAAGUUGUAUAUGUUGUUCUUAAUUUAUUCAAAUGUUUGAUUCUUUCAUUUCCACUGCUGAUACCACGGUGUUGACGACGGCAGAGAGAGAUCUAUUAUUAAUUUAUUUCAAUCACGUGUACUUUUGUGUUGUUUUGUUACUGAACUGCUCAUCUGUUUGAGAGCGUACUGGAACACGGUGGAGAGUGAGGGGUUGGGGGAGGGGCGACGGUCGACAAUGACGCAGAUUAUCCUCUGGAUUCAUUUUGAUUUUUGAUAAGAAAAAAAAACAAAAAACAUUUGUCACAGUGAAAAGUAAAAAGAAGUGACUGUCAACAUCCCACGUCUCUCGGGGCUCCGCCCUCUCAGGGAUGCAUCAGGGGUCAUAGUUCAUCCCACUUGACCUUCUCCAGUCUAUCGUUACUGUUGCCCUUUGACUCCCGCCUUUGACUCCCCCGACCCCCACUCCUCCUCCCCUCACCUGCAGUCGCCCUACGUCUUGCUGCCUGUGUGUUGCACACCAACUCGUAACGUGAGUCAAGUUACGGCUGGUGGGCUGAGGUGCAGCACCACUACCUUUUUGUACACAACUGCUGUAAAAACGUAGCAUCUAAAAGGUGACAGUGUGUGUUUAUAAAUAUAUACAUAGAUAUAUAAAUAUAUAUACAUAUAUACAUGUAUAGAGAGAAAGAAGGAUAUAAGCAGUACAUUUUCGUGGAAACAUCUUAACCUGUAGAUUGUUCUAGAAUUUGUAUUUUUGUAUAGAAUUUUGAAAUGACUUAACUCAGAGUUUGGAAAUGUAUUCUCCCCCCUCUCCUCCCCUAUCUCACCCCCCACUCCAGACUGAUUCAGUUCUGUCUCCCUCAAACACAGCUGGGGUUUUUGUACAGCCUUUAUGAUGAGAAAACACAGUACUCUGCACAAGUUUUACACAGGGGAGACAUUUAUUACCCUCCCAUCCCCCUUUAUGUUGGAGUAUCAAAAGUAAAAAAAAAAGAAAAAAAUCAAAAGAUUAUUUUUGUCAAUAUGAAAUGUUUUCCGUUUAUCCAGGGCUGUUUGGAAUCUUUUUAAAAAUGUAUUUCAAAGUAGGAAUUCAUUUUAGCCCUGCUGUCUGCCCUAGGUGAGCAGCCACAGGCCCCGCCCCACAGAGUGAAUCACAGCCAGCCAAAAGAUGGUGACUGGUCAGAUAAGAAGUCUUCCUAAAGGAUUAAACAUAUAAAAUCAUCUAACUGCCUCCAAACAGCCCAAAGAGAGAGGGAGAGAGAGACUACUGUUGAGAGUGAUGUAGUGUUUCUACCAGACCAGAAGGGGGAGACACAGUAAAUGUAUUCACCUGCCUAAGACUUUUGCAGUACUGUUGUUGUAAAUCCUCACCCAUCUUACUCACCCACCCCACCCCUCUUGACCUCUCAGCUCAGUGUUCUUUUGUGAGGGUCAUAAUGCCAUGAUGACAGCAGGAGGCGCUGUGUGCAGCCUGUAUACGACUCAACAGUGUAGACGACGUUACAACGUUCUGUCUCGACUUCACCCAGUCUCAGGAGAGUGUGUGUGCGUGUGCGUGCGUGGAGCUUUCCCCCUGAUUGACAGGUGAUCACAGUCAUUCUGUCGAGUAAAGGAAUCGCGCUCCCAUUUUUCAUGUCCAAAUUAAACUUUAAAAAUCCAAUAGGGUCAAAGUUCUUUUGACCCCCCAUCCCCACCACCCACCCCCUUCAAGGGCGGGUCGAUGUGAGCUGAUCUGAACAAAUCUGAUUGGCUCAGAAUACAGUGUUUCAUGGAAAUGAAAGUCCAUCGUUGAA